UGGGAGAGGCUGUCCCAAGUGGCUGUUAAGGGUGCUGAAUAUGACUCCUGUGAACACCAGCCCCAUCCAAAAUGUCUGGAAGGGACCCAGGUAGACCUCCUUAGCUACAUUCAUGAAUUAUUAGACAACCAAGAGGAGAGUCAACUCAUUUGGCUGCAUGGCACAGCAGGUGUCGGAAAAUCUGCUGUUGCAUUCACUGUAGCUGAAAGGAUGAGGGGUCUCAAAGUCACCAAGCAGAUGAAUGUCAAAAAGCAGCUUGCAGGAACAUUCUUUUUCUUGCACAAGCACACUGACCACUGCACCACUGGAUACUUUUUUGCAACACUUGUCUAUCAGCUGGCCAGCAAUUUUCCUAGCAUCCAUGCAGAUGUGAACAGGACUAUCCAUGAGAAUCCCUCACUUUUAGAUCUAAACAAAUCUCUUCGCAACCAGAUGGAGGCACUCUUUCUCAAACCUCUCUGGAAACUCCAUCCCAGACUGCACGGGUGUGAGCCAUUGACAUUUGUCAUCAAUGCCCUG